AUGGUUGCUGAGAAGGACAUUCAUAAGACAGCAUUCAGAUGCCCAGGGCACGUGGGGGCAUAUGAAUAUCUAGUCAUGCCUUUCGGGCUGAAAAAUGCAGGGGCCACGUAUCAAAGGGCGAUGAACGCCAUUUUCCAUGACAUGAUCGAACACACACUCGAAGUAUAUGUAGACGACGUGGUCAUCAAAUCAAAGGAACAGGAGGAGCAUGUGGAAGAUCUCAGGAAGGCUUUCAUUAGAAUGAGGAAGCAUCAACUAAAGAUGAAUCCGAAAAAGUGCGCCUUCGGCGUUCAGGCGGGAAAUUUCCUGGGUUUUCUAGUACAUCAGAGAGGCAUUGAAGUGGACAAGAAUAAAGCCAAGGCAAUCAUUGACGCCUCUGUUCCCCGUAGCAAGAAAGAACUGCAGAGUUUGCUCGGAAAGAUCAAUUUUCUCAGGCGAUUCAUUGCCAAUUCGGCUGGGAAGGUCCAACCUUUCUCUUCUUUGCUAAGAAUAAAGGACAAGGAUCCAUUCCUAUGGGGGCCGAUCCAACAGGAAGCAUUUGAUCAGAUAAAGCAAUACCUGAGUAACCCACCAGUUCUCACGCCUCUAAGAAAAGGCGUCCCUCUAAAAUUGUAUAUUUCUGCUUCAGAUAAUUCUAUCGAUAGCUUACUAGCCCAAGACAAUGUAGAGGGCAAAGAACAAGCUGUAUUUUAUCUAAGUAGAAUAUUGCAGGAGGUUGAGACUCGUUAUUCUGCUAUUGAAAAACUCUGCCUUGCACUGUAUUUCACGGCAGUGAAAUUACGGCAUUAUAUGCUUCCUUUUACUGUUCAUAUCAUAGCCAAAACUGAUCUCAUUAAAUACAUGCUCAAUAGACUCGUAAUAAGGGGACGAUUAGGAAAAUGGAUUCUGGCUCUCUCAGAAUUCAGUUUCAGAUACGUUCCUCAUAAGGCAAUUAAGGGGCAGGCUAUUGCAGACUUUUUGGCCGCCCACCCUUGUGUCGAAAUUGAGGAUUUAAGCACUAUGGAAAUAGCCAACCUAGGAUUCCCACUCAAUCAAAGAGCUCCAAAAUUGGAAAUUAGAAAUGUUUUUGGGAGAUUGCCAGGUCAGCAAGGACAGAUUUUAAUCCCUGUAAAAACUGUCCAGGUCAAACCAUGGAGAUUAUUUUUCGACGGAUCAAGGUCAGAAUCAACAGCUGGUGCAGGUAUUGUCAUUGAAGAUCCAUUCGGAGCCAAAUAUGCAUAUUCAUUUCAGUUCGAUUUCAACAGCACCAACAAUAGGGCCGAAUAUGAAGCUCUGAUUAUCGGCCUGGAAAUGGUACUAGAGCUUGGGGUAACCCACUUGGAGGUCUUUGGAGAUUCUCAGUUGAUAAUCAAGCAACUGACAAAUGAAUAUAAAUGCAGAGACCCGACUAUGGCAGCCUACUAUGUCGCAGCCCGCAAUCUGAGCUCUAUGUUCAAAGAUAUAUCAGUCAAAUAUAUCCCGAGAAAUGACAACCUGGCUACCAAUGAAAUGGCACAAAUAGCAUCUGGCAUCCAGAUACAGGAGCACCAGUCCGAAAGGACCAUUAAGGUGCAGAAGAGAUCCCUACCUUCGAUCCUCAGCAGAGGAAUGGAUCUCGAGAUAAACGCAAAUGAAGUACAAGCUGGAGAUUGGAGAAAACCUUUGAUUGAUUACCUGACUAACCCAUCUCCAAGGGUGAGCAGGAAAGUCAAAUACCAUGCCACCAAAUUCCUAAUCAUGAAUGGAGAUUUGUUUCGACGAACCAAUGAAGGAGUCCUCUGUCUAGGACCGAAAGAGUCUAUGAGGGUCAUAGGAGAGAUUCAUGAAGGAUCCUGUGGUGCUCACCAAUCCGGAAAAAAGAUGCGAUGGCUGAUCAAGAGAUAUGGCUAUUUUUGGCCAACUAUGGAAAAAGACUGUUUUAACUACGCCAAAGGUUGCGAAAAUUGUCAAAGUAAUGGCCCGAUACAGCAUCUACCAGCUGUUCCCUUAAAUCCGAUCGUCAAACCUCGACCUUUCAGAGGAUGGGCCAUGGAUUUCGUAGGCAAAAUUGUGCCUAGUUCAAGCAACGAACACACAUUCAUUAUCAUGGCCACCGAUUAUUUCACAAAAUGGGUGGAGGCGAGUGCAGUCAAAUCCAUUUCUUCUUCAAUGGUGAUCACCUUCAUUAAACAACACAUCAUCCACAGGUUUGGGAUCUGUUUGUGCCUAAUAAAUCACGGCCCUAAACUGGCCGAAGGAGCUCCUUUUCUUGGCCCAAGCACUUCCUCGAGAAGCUGA